CUUAACAAUGGCCAAACACAGUUUUCUUCUCAUCUUCUUACUAUCCUUCGUUCUUGCACCCACAAAUCCAUUUUUUUGUGAUGCUAGCAAUGACGACGGAGAUCAUAAACUUUACAUCGUAUACAUGGGUUCACUUCCUGUUCAGAGAGAUUCUUCUAAUUAUUCCCCAACCUCUCACCACAUCAGCAUGUUGCAACAGGUUGUGGGUGGAAGCGAUGUGACAAAGCACCAUGUUAGAAGCUACAAGAGGAGCUUCAAUGGUUUUGCAGCGAAGCUCAGUGAAAAACAUAAAAAAAUGAUUGCUGGCAUGGACGGUGUUGUUUCAGUUUUUCUGAGCAAAACUCUUCAUAUUCAAACGACGAGGUCAUGGGACUUCUUAGGGUUCUCAGAAUCAAUUAAAAGACAACAGAAAUAUGAGAGUGAUUUGGUGAUCGGGGUCAUUGACACCGGAAUCUGGCCAGAAUCAGAUAGUUUCACCGACCAAGGUGUUAGUCAUAUUCCGGCCAAGUGGAAGGGCCAUUGCAAAGGGGGUGCUAACUUCACUUGUAACAACAAGAUCAUUGGGGCGCGGUUCUAUAGCCUUCCCCAAGACGCUACCGCAAAUGAUCACAACACUAUAAGAGACAUCAAUGGGCACGGAACCCACACUUCCUCAACGGCAGCUGGAAACACCGUCAUUGGUGCAAGCUUUUACGGAUUCGCACAAGGCACCGCAAGGGGUGCUGUUCCAUCUGCAAGGAUCGCUGCAUACAAAGUCUGCUUCAACGACGGUUGCGACGAUGCUAGUACUUUAGCAGCUUUCGAUGAUGCCAUUGCUGAUGGUGUCGACAUCAUCAGCAUCUCAAUCGGGACCGACAAAGCCUAUGACUUUACAAGUGACACCAUUGCAAUCGGUUCCUUCCAUGCCAUGGAGAGAGGGAUUCUCACAGUGCAGAGUGCAGGGAACUCUGGUCCUGCUUCAGGCUCUAUUAUGAGCGUGGCGCCGUGGUUGUUAACUGUCGCAGCCAGCACCAUAGAUCGACAGUUCAUUGACAAGGUGAUUCUCGGGAAUGGGAAGACAUUGAUUGGAAGAUCCGUGAAUGCUGUCGUUUCAAAUGGGACAAAGUUUCCUAUUGCUAAGCGGAAUGCAAAUGAUGAAAGGUGCAGAGGAUAUUCUGACUUGUGUCAAUGUCUAAGAAGCGAGAUCGUGAAGGGAAAGCUGGUUUUAUGCGAAGGUUUGUUGAAAGAUGAAGCAGCUUAUGAAAAAGGUGCAGUUGGUUCAAUCACCACGGAUUUAGGAAACCCUGACAAUGAUUGCUCUAAGGUGACUUAUUUCCCUUCACUGAACCUCAAUCCAAAAGACUACGCUAUUAUCCAGGACUACACAAAUUCAACAAACAAUCCUGAAGCUGAGAUAUUGAAUAGCGAGAGUUUUGAAGAUCAUAGCGCUCCUAAGGUUGCUAGCUUCUCCUCCCGCGGACCGAAUCCCUUGAUUUCGGAGAUUAUGAAACCGGAUGUAAGUGCUCCUGGGGUUGAUAUCUUGGCAGCAUGGUCACCUAUAGCGUCACCCUCACUUUAUUCAAGUGAUAAGAGAAAGGUCAAUUACAAUGUACUAUAUGGUACAUCAAUGGCAUGCCCUCAUGUGUCCGGAGUCGCCGCGUAUGUGAAAUCAUUUCACCCAGAUUGGUCGCCAGCCGCGAUCAAAUCAGCAAUAAUGACCACAGCCGAGCCAUUGAAUGGGAAUUAUAAUAUGACUGGUGAGUUCUCUUAUGGAGCUGGGAAUGUCAAUCCAGUAAAAGCUAUUGACCCUGGCCUUGUAUAUGACAUUUCCAUGAAAGACUAUGUCAAUAUGCUUUGCAACUAUGGUUAUAGUGCUAAGAAACUUAAGAUUAUUGCUGGAGCUCAUUCACUAAGUUGUUAUGGAGAACACCAUAGAAGCUUGGUCAAAGAUUUAAACUACCCUGCAAUAACGGUAAAUGUUAAGCCUUUGGAGCCUUACAUUAUCAAGGUUAAUAGAACAGUGACGAAUGUUGGCUUUCCUCACAACUUGACCUACAAGGCUACCGUCUUGCCGAAUCUGAAAAUGAACAUCACGGUGGAGCCUGAGGUUCUGAGGUUCGAGUCAUUGCAUGAGAAAAAAUCUUUUAUUGUUAUGGUUUCUGGAGGAGGAUUGAGAAUAGGUAGUGCAAUUUCCUCAUCACUUGUGUGGUCAGAUGGCAAACAUUAUGUGAAGAGUCCAAUUACUGUGCUUGUCUCCUAGUCCUAAAACAUGUU